GCAGAUCAGAUAAGUUGUGUGAAUAACAAAUUCAUAAAUAAUUCGACUAGAAAUGCAGGGAGUUAAAAUGUUUCUUUUAUGUUUUAUGGCCAUGAGUAUGAUUGGUUUUUCAGGAAGCCUAGCGCCUGAUGAUGUUUGUGCCGAUGUGCAAAAAAUCGAAGAUGCUUUCAAGAGGUCAGACUGCGAGCCCAUCGGAUACAUCAAAACAAUUACAAACGACUCAUGCACAACUGUAAACGAGUUGCUGCAUUGCGUUGCUGAAUCCAUUUAUGGCUACAGAGAGCGAGAACAUAGAGAGGCUUGUGUUCUGCACAUGCGCACUGCCAUCCAGGACAGACACAUAGACUCGAUGUUUCCAGCAUGGCCAUUUAAGUGGAAAUUUUGUAGCAAGGUCUGGUGUGAAAUCGGUCACGAAUACACAAAAGAUCAAUUCAGUUGUAUUUUCUGGUGCCUUGGGGGUCCUGCAGCUGUAGGAUUUACAGGCGUUCUAGCUCUUAUAGCCCUUGUUACAUUUGGUCUGCCAGCUUUGGGUUUUGGAGCUGCGGGAAUAAUGGCCAAUUCCAUUGCCGCCUCCCUCAUGGCCUGGUGGGGCGGUGCCGUGCCUGCAGGAGGCAUCAUCGCCACCAUGCAGUCGGUUGCAGUCUUAGGAAUCGGCUACCAGGCAAUUUUGGCCACGUUGUUUUCUGCAGCUGCUAUCUCAAGGGCUGCGAUGAAUUGUAAUUGCUGCGAAAAGUAAUCAAUAUAUAUGAACAAGAACGGCAGUUUACUUGCGUAAUAUCUGUAGCAAAUAUUGUACUCAGAAAUACGUAUUUAUUACAUAACAUGUAAAUUGAAUAUUCGCUUAACAAUAAGUGAUAUACAUAAGAGCAAACUUGAAAUAACUUUCAGUUUCAUGUAGAAAGAAAAGGCUUUAAUAUUGUGCCGUAUAACUGCCAUAAGAUAAGUUUAUCAUAAAAACUACAUCAGAUAAUAUUGAAUAAUAACCAAUAAACGUUUACGAAUUGUUUCGUGUUAACCACUUAAUUUUAGCGAUAAUUAUUUUGCUAUCUAGCUUGUAUUCGCAAUAUAUUUUUAUUAAGAUAAAUAUCAUAAGACUAAAAGCAAUUUUGAAAAAAUUGCCCAGAAUUGCCACUUGUUAACCUUUUUAGCUUAACAACACUAACAGUUUACUUGUUAUGGCUUACGAAUUCCACUUAUUAACUUUAACAUAAUAACUGGUUGACUAGAUACGAUUGGUGUUAAUACCUCUAUCUAUAAAUGCUUUUGGCUUUUGGACAAGUACUCAGAAGCUGAUUUUGAUACUAAAAAUACACGGAACAUGGUACAAUAUAGCAAUGAUAGAAAGUACAACAUUAAAUGAGAUCCUUAUUAUUUAUUAAAUGCAAUGUAUGAUUCUGCUAGGAAUAGUUUACUGUGAAAACUUUGAAAUAUUUUUUUUGAUAACAUCAUAAUUUUACUGAAGUUAAAAUGCAGUCUUAUUUUAAUUUCAAAUUUAGGCAAAACAAACAUGCAUUAAUUUCCAAUUCGAAAGUAAAAAUAUGACGUCUUCUUAGAUCAAGUGUCAAAACACAAUAGAUUUUUCUCUUCAUUUCUCCAUUAAGAAUCAGCUGUUUUAAACAAGUUUAAUGAAGCAUUAUUAUUGAUAUUAUUGCCUUGUAUCGCUCACCUGAUCCAAUAAAGAGCAUCAAUAAUAAUAUUCUGAUCAAGUUCCAUGAACAUAUUGUCAUAAAUGUGGCCUGUAGAGUGUUAACAUACUUUUCCUAUUAUUUGAUCUGGUGACCUAGUUUUUGACCGCACAUGACCCAGAUUCGAACUUGGCCUAGAGAUUAUCAAUAUAUACAUUCUGACUAAGUUUAAUGAACAAACAGUCAUAAAUGUGACCUUGAUCUAGUUUUUGACCACACAUGACCCGAAUUCAAACUUGACUUAGAGAUUAUUUAUAUAAAUAUUCUGACCAACUUUCAUGAAGAUACAGUUAUAAAUGUGACCUCUAGAGUGUUACAAGCAUUUCCUUAAUUUGACCUGGUGACCUAGUGUUUGACCACACACGACCCCUUGGCCUAGAGCUAAUCAAUAUAAACAUUCUAACUAAGUUUCAUAAACAUGCAGUCAUGAAUGUGACCUCUAGAUGACCCAAAUUUAAUUUAGAGAUUAUUAAUUUAAACAUUCAGACUAACUUUCAUGAAGAAACAUUUAUUAAUGUGACCUCUGGAUUGUUAACAAGCUUUCCUUCAAUUUGACCUGGUGACCUAGUUUUUGAUCGCACAUAACCAUGAUUCGAACUUGCCCUAGAACUAAUCAAUAUAUACAUUCUGACUAAGUGUCAUGAACAUACAGUCAUAAAUGUGACCUCUAGAGUGCUUAAAAGCUUUUCCUAUGCUUUGAACUGGUGACCUAGUUUUAAACACCAGAUGACCCAAUAUAGAACUCGUCCAAGGUUUUAUUGAGGGUAACAUUCUGACUAAGUUUCAUUAAAAUUGUGCCCAAAUUGUGACCUCUAGAGUGUUAACAGUCAAAUUGUUGACGAUGGACACACGCCGGUCACAAUAGCUCACAUUGAGCACUUCGUGCUAAGGUGAGCUAACAACACUCUUAUCCCAACUAUCCCAAAUAAAGUUAAUGCCAUAAUCUCGUUUAUAUUAGUUAUUCUUAAAUUUUCUAUUCAUAUAUAAAAUCGAUAUGUAUGUUAUCAAGGAUUGUUAGGUAUCGCAGCAUAUAAGGUAGAAAUGACAAUAGUCAUUUUUAACUCACGUGUGUAUUCACUGCGUUUUUAAAAAAAGAUAUAAUAAAUUUCUCAAUAUGUACAUACUUUUUGUGAUCUUUAGUUAUAUGAUAUUAUAUCUUUUACCUAUAUUCAAUAAAAAAUGAAAAUCAUA